CUUUAUGAUACACAAUAAUAACAGCAUUUAAUUUUGAAACGCUCGGGAAUAAGAGCCACUUCAACGUAUGAAUAGACACGAUCGGUUUCGUAUCUCCAACAAACAAAAAAACAAAAGUUCCCACCUUUCCCUCUCAUUUCGCCGCUACAAUCCGCCGCCGAAUCAACUCUCCGGGUCUCGUGAUGAUGCCUGGGCCUGAUAGGAUCAGCGAGUUGCCUGAACCUUUGCUUACUCAUAUACUCUCAUUCCUUCCCACUAAACACUCAGUGAAGACAAGCGUCUUAUCAACCAGAUGGAAGAAUCUAUGGCAAGGUGUUCCAGCUCUUGACUUAAACUGCGAUGACUUCCCUUAUGGACAAGACCAAGUUGUCCUCAGCUUCCUCGACAGACUCCUCGAGUUUGACCCACGCCUUCUAAAAGUCAAAGUGAAGUGCGGUAGCGUGGAUAUAGACGGGCUCAAGGAUCGGAUCAGUACAUUGAUUCAACGUGGACCUCAACAUCUAGAACUUGAGAGUUGUACUGAUUAUAUAGAUCACGACUACAAUUUUCACUAUUCUUCCAUCGACUACGUGCCUCUCAAUUUGUACACAAGCAGGACACUGGUUUCCUUGAAGCUCACGUUUUCUGGUCUUGAGGAUCCUGGUUUUGUUUCUAUGCCUUGUCUUAAAUCAAUGACUCUUGUCAAAGUUCACUUUCUUCACGCUGCGAACCUGGAGAAACUCGUGUCGGGAUGUCCUGUUCUUGAAGAGCUUACCAUGAUAAGGAAUAUGGAUUCUAGUUUUGAACGUGAGGUUGAUAGUUUCAUGACUGUGAGGUCUGGGAGCUUGAAGAGGUUUCGUGUUCCGCUCUCUCACGGAGAAGAUUGCAGUUCGAGAGUGAAAUGCACACUUGAGAUCGAUGCUCCAAUGCUAGAGCAUAUGAUUCUUGGAGAAGAUCAUUAUGAUGUGAUCAUGGUAAAGAACCUCAACUCUUUGGUCAUGGUUGACCUUGAUGUCAAGUUUGUUGUUGAGUUUGGAGAGUUCUUUGAUUCGGGGGACUUAUCAAAGAUAAAUGAAGUACGUUAUUUUCUUUCUGGGAUCUCUGGUGUAAGCCACAUGAUCAUCUCUGAGAAAACAGUGAAGGCCUUUGAGCUUUACUCGAGAGUGGGGUUGAUUCCUAAAUUCAGUUACUUGACACGUUUAGAAGCUGUGUUCCGUAGCAAUUUAUUACAGUUUUUGCCAGCAUUUCUUGAAUGUUGCCCAAAUCUGAAACACCUAAUCUUGGAGGUUUAUUAUUCAAGGGAGAUGGAGGAUGCAUUUGAAUUCACGAAUGUGCCGGGGUGCUUCUUAUCGACUCUGGAGUGUGUUCGGCUAAAAAGAAUCCAUGAGUGGGAGGAAGAGGAAAUAAAAGUAGCCACUUACUUUCUUGAAAACGCUGCAGUCAUGAAGAAGCUAACUCUGAGUCUCACAGAUUUUCCUCGUUAUGUCUCGGAUGAAGAAAUCUUUGGGGGGGUUAACAAAGUUAAAAAACGUUCUCCAGGAUGUCAAAUUCUUCUUGAUUGGGAGUUAUGUUGAUGCUCUCAUGGAUGAGAGAUCAGUAUCAUUGCAGGAGCCUGUUCCUGUCAUGAAAAUUUGCUGUUAAAGUCUUUUUGUAGACAUUUUCUUAGUUCUGGUUGGAUUCUUAAACCAUGUUUACAUUGUGG